AUGUUGACAGGCCAUCGUAAUUUGUGUAAAGAACAACUUCGGCUAAGUAGAGAAGUAUUUAUAAGUCUUGCUAAUAUCCUUAGAGAACAACAACUCUUAGUAGCUGGUAGAUAUAUAAGCAUUGAAGAGCAACUUGGGUUAGGUUUGUACAUGCUAGCUAAACCUGCUUCUGUUCGUGAUGCUGCUGAAAGAUUUCAACACUCAACAUCAACUAUUUCGAAGUAUUUCAAAAAGGUAUUACAAGCAUUGGAAGCAUUGUCGAGUCAAAUAAUUCGACCAUAUCAAAGUAUGUAUGAGACACCUCCUGAAAUACAAAGCAACAUCAAAUACUGGCCUUUCUUUAAGGAUUGUGUUGGUGCCAUAGAUGGUACCCUUAUACAAUCAGUUGUUGCAGAUGAUGUAGGCAGGGCUUUUAGAGAUCGUCACGGGGAGAAAACAUGGAAUGUGAUGGUUGUAUGUUCACUCAACAUGUUGGUUACUCACAUCAAUGUGGGCUACGAAGGGAGUGCACAUGAUACAACUGUAUGGAGGCGAAGCUUAGGAGAUGCCAGAAUGGGAUUCCCUCAUCCACCAUCUGGAAAAUACUAUGUAGUCGAUUCAGCGUAUCCUAAUACACUCGGGUACUUGAGUCCAUAUCUAGUACCUGGGUUGAGGUACCAUUUGCCUGACUUCAGAAGAGGGACUCCACCACAGGGAAUGUAUGAGCAAUUCAAUUACCGACUUCUUCUUGUCGAAAUGUAA